AUGGUGGAAGUUUUGGAAUUAGAGCUGCUCUUUGUGCAGGUUUCUGAUUCUAGCGAAGAUGUUUCUGCUUCUUCUUGUGAUUCUACUUCGUCGGAGUUCGUGUUGGAGUAUCUCCGGAAGGAAGAACAGGUGGCUUUCAAGACCGGAGAGUAUAAACAACAAGUCAUAUUUAUUGGUGGAUUAACCCAUGGACUUUUAGCUACUGAUGUUAUCUUCUUCCUCCCAGUUGUUUCUGCUUUGGAUAAAGAGAAAUGGUCACUUGUUCAACUACUGAUGUCUUCUUCAUAUUCUGGAUUUGGCACUUCCAGCUUGAAACAAGAUGCACAAGAGAUCGACAAACUAAUAAGCUAUCUCAUCAACAAAGAGAAGUCUGAGGGCGUUGUUCUGCUUGGUCAUAGCACUGGCUGCCAGGUGAUUGGUUAUGCCCCCAAACACUUUUUUUCAUGGUUCCGAAAAAAAAACUAUAAAAGAAACUCAUUCUUCUCGCGCAUUGAAACAGGAACAUUGUGUAUUAUAUGGGAACAAAUGCCGCGUGCUCCCGAGCUGAGGCCCUCAGCAAAGAGUCUCUUGGACUCUCCGUAUCUCUCAGCUACUGUGAAGUCAGCUUAG